CUAGACAUCUGUCCGGCCUGGUAGCUGGGUCACAGGGGUACGUCUCCGAACGUCUCUUCCCUGAACGAGAGGGGGCGCAGUGCAGCAGUGCUUGGUUCAGUAUAUCUUUGAUGCAGAGUGGCGCCUGCUCACUGUUCAUCAGGCCUACAGAAAGUUUCUAGAACCUCUGAACCUCGAUUUGUAAUCGAGCUCACUGGACGCUGUGAAGGCCUUCGUGAUGGCAGGUGAAGCAGCUCCCGUCGAUGUUCCGGCGCCUCGGAUCGGCGUUCUGGCCAUCCAAGGGUCAUUUCGGGAGCACUGUGGCAGCUUGCGUAAGUGUGGGUUGCCUGCAGAGCAUGCUGUCGAGGUGCGCACGCCAGAUCAGCUGCAGGGUCUACAUGGGCUGAUCAUUCCAGGAGGGGAGAGCACCACCAUGGCGAACGUGGCAACACGGAAUGGUCUGCUGCCAGCCUUGAAGGACUUUAGCGCCUCCGGCAAGCCUGUCUGGGGCACAUGUGCCGGCUUGAUCUUCUUAGCUGAUCGGGCUCUUGGUCAAAAGAAGGGUGGUCAGGCUCUCCUAGGCGGGCUCAAUGUCACUGUCCAUCGCAACUUCUUUGGAAGCCAGGUGAACAGCUUUGAAACGGAGCUCCCUACACCCAAGGAGUUGCAAAAGUUGGGAGGGGAGGACGAUCCCACGUUCCGGGCCAUCUUCAUCCGGGCUCCUGCCAUUGUGGAAAAGGGCCCCAGUGUUGAUGUCCUGGCGCAGAUCGACCUCCCUGAGGGCACGACUACGAGCACCGCCGACGAAAAUGGACAGGAGAUCAACAAGGUCAUCAUUGCAGUCCGCCAAGACCAGCUGCUCGCAACCGCCUUCCAUCCUGAGCUGACAGCUGAUACUCGAUGGCAUUCGUUGUUUUUGAGGAUGGUUACAGAGAAUAGGGACAAGGCGGAUGCCGCAGCUGCUGAAGGCUCGAGUAUGUCUAGUAGAGCGAGGGAAGCACCAGCUUCGUCGAUACGACCAGCCGAUCUACCUAUAUUUAAAGAGGCGGAGAAGUUGGAUUAUCUAAAGUGAGGCACCUAGCGCUAGUUUGUUUCGCAAUAUUCCGAAGAACGUAACAUGGUUGCGCAGGUAAGAGCAUUUGUUGUCCACAGAUGCCAGGUCGUCAAAUCACCAUAGAUAGCAGGAACAACAGUCCAAGAACACUCGUCGCUAGAUUGCAAUUAUGUAAACCAAAUAAGCAAAAUCGAGGCCCCUGACUACAUGACAUUCGUUGUCUUUUUUAAGAUCCCAUUUCAUUAUCGGCUGCCGCAUGAACC